UAUUGGUGAGGAAGCAAUACACGCCCACAUGACUGCAUGUGUUCUGUCAACUAUAUAAUAUAAUUUGUGCCACAUAAAGGGAGGGAGGGAGAGAGAGAGGGAGCUAAAUAUGGCGCUUGAAACGUGCUCCUGUAACCAUUGGCAGUAAUAAUUUUCUCUGAUCCCAAAAAGAAAUUCGAAGGGGAAAAAACAGACAGCAAAACAUCCUUAUGUCGUUGUCAUAAACUUUCUCUCCCAGCCAUGGCGAUCCCCGCUGCUAUUGUCUUUGUUCCCCUGGGCGUGCUCUUCCUGGUCUCAGGCCUCAUCGUCAACAUUAUUCAGGUGGUCCUCGUCAUCAUUGUUCUCCCAAUCUCGAGGAAUUUGUACAGAAGAAUAAACAAAGCAGUCGUCGAGUUACUAUGGAUGCAGCUUAUAUGGCUCGUUGAUUGGUGGGCUGCUACCAAGGUUAAUCUGUACAUCGAUGCAGAAACUCUAGAGUCACUCGGGAAAGAACAUGCUCUCCUCAUUUGCAAUCAUCGAAGCGACAUCGACUGGCUUAUCGGCUGGGUCUUGGCUCAGCGUGCAGGUUGUCUCGGAAGCUCGCUAGCCAUGAUGAAGAAAGAAGCUAAGUACCUUCCAAUCAUAGGUUGGUCGAUGUGGUUUUCGGAGUACAUAUUCCUGGAAAGAAGCUGGUCUAAAGACGAAACCACUCUGAAGACAGGUUUAAAGCAACUGGAGAACUUUCCGACACCGUUUUGGUUAGCUCUUUUCGUCGAAGGGACUCGUUUCACCCAGCAGAAGCUCGAAGCUGCUAAAGAGUACGCCUCUUCUAGAGGCUUACCAUCUCCUCGCAAUGUCUUGAUUCCUCGUACCAAGGGAUUUGUUACGGCGGUAACUCACAUGCGGUCUUUCGUCCCGGCGAUAUAUGACUGCACAUUAGCAGUUCCGAGGACACAGCCUUCACCGACACUGCUUAGGAUAUUUAGCGGCCAGUCCUCCGAGGUAAACCUGCAGAUCAGACGGCACAAGAUGAGCGAAUUGCCAGAAACUUCAGAUGGAAUUGCACAAUGGUGCAGAGAUUUGUUCAUCACCAAGGACGUUCAACUCGAGACAUAUUUCACCAAGGACGCGUUCAGUGACCUGAACGUUCACGAUAUCGGCCGCCCAGUUAAGCCAUUGAUUGUGUUCACAACUUGGUUCAGUCUCCUCGUGUUCGGCGGGUUCAAGCUUCUGCAGUGGCUUUCCACCGUGGCCUCGUGGAAAAUCAUCUGUUUAUCGGCUUUCUUGUUGGUUGUAACGACGAUAAUGAUGCAAGUUCUCAUUCAGUCUUCAGAUUCAGAGCGUUCAACUCCUGCAAAGAGAGACGUGCAUGAUCCUGCUCAAGAACAGCUUCUCCCUGCGUAACCUGAGAAGCCUCUAGCCCAAUCAGAAGGUUUGACUUUUUUUUGCUUUUACAGAAUGUCUAAAUGAUUUUGAUUUUUUUUUCCUUAUUGGUAAAAGUUUUUUUCCCCUAAUUAAUUCAAUGUUACUAUCUCUUUUUUUUUGUGGAUUGUAUUUUUUAUUUUUUCCUAAUUGAUUCAAUGAUAUGACUAA